UGGUGAUGAUAAGUGGAGAAGUGAGCCAAAUUUUGAAGCUCAGUGUAUUUAGGCCAUGGCCGGAGCAACGGGAAGAAUUCCGAUGAGUCGCCGGAUUUUGAUGUGUGAUAAUUAUGAAAUUAAGCAUUCUGGUGAGUCUGCAAUGAGUUUGUCUGAUACAAUUUUUGAGUUUCUUGAUGAAUGCUGUGAUGGAUCGACUGAAACUACUUAUAGUCAUUGCUAUGGUGAGAAUGAAGAAAUAGAUGAAGAUGAUGAGAAAGAAAACACUAAAAAUGGUGAAGAUAACAAGGCUUUCUGGGAAACCCAACACCAACUUCUACAUGACACAUUGUGUAGGAGUAGUUCGUUGGAAUCAAGGAUCAGAAAUGCCACCAAGGAAGCUCUCAAAGAGGCACAAAUGGGAGGAGGGUUUUGUGUUUGCCGGAGACCGGUGGCGGGUGGUUGCCGGAGUUGCCUGGUGAGGGAGAUAUGCGGCCGCCUUCAAAAGGCCAGUUUCAACAGUGCAAUUUGCAAAUCCAAGUGGAAGAGUUCUCCAGACAUCCCCUCAGGUGAACACACAUUUCUGGAUGUUGUGGACAACUCAAAUUCAAAGAAUCAAGAGAUCAGAGUGAUAAUUGAGCUAAAUUUCCGAGCCGAGUUCGAGGUUGCAAGAGCAAGUGAAGAGUACAACAAGCUCAUUAGAAAACUACCAGAGGUGUUUGUUGGGAAAGUUGAAAGACUACACAACUUAAUCAAGGUCUUGUGUUGUGCAGCCAAGAAGUGCAUGAAAGAGAACAAAAUGCACAUGGGUCCAUGGAGGAAGUAUAGGUAUAUGCAAGCAAAGUGGCUCGGCACGUGUGAAAGGACAACGUGGACACCGCCCUUGUCGACAGUGUGCCCUGGCAGUGCACCUAGGCCACGGAGGGCGUCCAUGUUGACAGUAGAUUUGUUGGAGAACUUGCCCAACUUGCACCGGACGGCUGUUCAAGUUUUGUGAUUGGAGAUCAUGGUUUUAAAUAUCACUUGACGUAUGACUGGUUCUGAUUCGUAGCGGUUUAGAGUCGAUUCAGAGCUGAUAAAGGCUAGUUUAGUUGUUAUACAAUUAAAGCUUUUUUUGCUAUUGAUGGUUUUAAAAAAUUUACAAUGGUGAGGUUUUGCUUAUUCUCUUGUUUGUGUACUACGGAUAGGUACGUAUAUAGAGUUGUGAGUGUAUCAUCAGAUGUGAACAGAAAAUAAUCAUAACAUUUUGCUGGUGGAUUUGAACAAGAUUUGUGUCAAGUUGCUUA